ACAGUAGAACCUCGAUUAUCCGGCCCUCGAUUAUCCGGAACCUCGAUUAUCCGGCUUGGCAGUUUUCUUUUUAAUCAGAUUACAUAAUUCAGAAAAUGGGCGUGUCCCUCAAAUGCGCAUGCGUGUUGCAGCUGUUACCAUGGAGACAUGCCUGCUUUUCUUUUGCGCAUGCGCAGACAACAUGCGGCACUGCUGUUCAUCAAUAAAGUGGGUGGAUCAAGGCGUGGUUUAUCUAUUCGAUUAUCCGGCAUAUUCACUUAUCCGGCCUGCUUCUGGAACCAAGGUGUCCGGAUAAUCGAGGUUCUACUGUACCAAAUUCCUGCAGAUGCAUCGUUAUAUAAAGUCAUGCAUAAGUGCAGUUUAUUACUAUUGUAAGUGUAGCAGCUAAACUCACAGAGACCAUUAUUUCUCUUGCAAUGAAGCUUCUUAUAGCUGUGGCUCUGUUGGUUGUUGGACUCUCCCCUAGCCCAGGCUUCAGUCAGUUUGGUGAGGGCUCUGGACAGAUCACUGAGGCACCAACUGAUGAAUCUGUAUCAAUUGACAGAGUGGAAUUCGAGUACAAUUAUCGUCAUGUCUACCUGCGUAUCUACUUUAACAACUUGAAACGCGGCCGCCGCGACAUCGUUAACGAUUAUGACUUUCCUGAACGCGAACAUCCAUCUGAUGAACCGUGCUUUUUGAAUAAACUUGUUUUAAGAACUAAGGAUACGAAUGAAACUUUCCAGGCUGAAUACCCGGGUUUUUGCACAUCUUUCUACUACAACAACUACGUUCAGAUCAAAAUGGAUCCUAGAGAUUAUUUGAGGCUGAAUUUGGGCGAUUUUAUCAAUACAACUUCUACUAUGCCCUUGGAAAUGUACACUGCAGAUAUGCUUGGAGAUCCUUUCGACCUUCGAAUAGAGCCAUAUGAUGCCAUUGAGUGUGAUGUGAUAUUGCGCUUGUACCGUGACUACUUCGAUUACCAUUAUAAAAUAGAUUAUUGGAUGGAUGAGGGGAUUCUUAUGAUUCAUGUGAAUACUUUAAUUGACGUUGCGACUGUCAAUGCCAGCAAGCUAUCACUCUCUCGCAAUUACUAUAAUCCGGAUGCAAACAACAUUGUUAACAUUACGGGUGGUGAGGUGCUGAACCAGUCGCCUGGCUUAACAUCGUCUGUGGCUAUCAAACUGACUUCUAGUGAUCAAGAUCUUCUUGCGAGCAAAGGAUUAUGCAGGUACAAUCUAGUCUGUUUCAUGACCAUUAAAUCUGGAUUUGCUGCUACACACUAUGGCUUAAAGGUUCGUUCCCCCCGGCCCUAUGCCUAUGCAGUCUCCAAUCUCGGGAGAGCUCCCACAGAAUCUGAGCCAGUGUCGAUGUCUAUUCAGCUAGAGUACAUUGAUGGGUUGAUUUUGGAUGUGACGCUCGGUUUAGGUCAGCCAUUCACAGUUCGAUCUUAUAUCGUGGAGAGUAUCAUCAGUGUGACGUGUACUAGCAGGGACACUAACGAACAUGUAAACCCCAUGCUGGAGAUUGACAAUGGUGCAGUAUCUAUUCCUGAUAGCUAUAUCAGGAAUGAUUGGCCCAACUCCACUACCUUGAAUGCACCCAGGGGGCUAGCUGAGUCUGGUUUGGAAGGUUACUACACGUGCAGGACAGAGGAAGAUACUUUCCUCAGCCCUCACAUUCUGCAUUCGAAUAGUUAUCACCUAUUUUUCUACCAAGGAGACUCAGCUACUGCUAAUCUUGAUGAAGAACUUGUACUACGCUUUGCACAUGCCGAUUUUAAUUUAGUACGUCUUCUCUAUUUGUAUACUGCUGGAUAUACGCCACCUUUUGAGUACCGUUUUGAAAUGAACACACCAUUUCCGUACCAUGCUGAGCUGCACAUCAACAUGGCCCAGGUGGACUACGAGGGAGUGUACUUUGUCACAAAAGGAACGUAUUUUCGUCGACGCCCAAGCUUUGUUAUCCACGUCAAGGCUCCUACGUUUACUCUCUACCCACCGGUCCUGACUGUUCUCAGCUCUGACACAACCGCCUCUCUCACUUGUACUUCCCACCGUCCAGAUGUUCAUGUGCUGUUUUCUGGACAUCUGACCUCUUUGGGAAUCACGACAAUCAAAGCUAAAAGCUUUGUGAGAUUAGAUUUUGAGCUGAACAAACAUCGUAUUGGUAUGCUAGAAGGGAGAGAGUUUAUCUGUGAAGCCAGGAACUCAACUAAUUACACAACAGUAGUGGCAACUGCCAGCUUAACCUUCAGGGAAGUGCCAGCUCGAUUGUCUCUCUUUGCGAUUGAACCUGACAGCGAUCGUAAGCAAGUUAUGGAUGGUGCCAAAAUUGAUACAGCCAGCACAUUUGAAUGCCUGUGGUAUAUCAAUCCUACACGAACGGAUCUUGAGACUAUUCCUGGGAUGUUGUUAUGGAGAAUCCACCUCCUAGAGUCCAAACAAGAAAUAGAUAUCACUUCAGACAUUAGUGAUAAAGAUUUUAUAGUCACUAUCCUCAAGAAUAGUAUCACUCUCAAUAUUCUCGGCAAUUUCUUAGGAAGUGUUUCGUGUAUCUACGGGAAUGACAGUAUUAAGAUCAACGUUAUCACUAAAUCUCUAGUUUUGGACUUUCUUCCUAUCCUCUCUGGUGAUGCUAUGGAAUUAUUUGAUAGUGAUGAUGGAUGUUCACAGCGGAUUUACUCGAGUACUGGCAUUCCUUUUGGAUCAGAAACAUACCAAUACGUUCAUGUCUGCACGAAUGGUAUGCUGACUGUUGGCACUCCACCUCUCUUUCUCGGUACAGCAAAAGAACGAUUCCCUACACCCGAUGUCAGGAUCAGCCAAUCAAAUUUACUCGCUCCAUUCUGGAACGACCACGAUGGCCGUGAUCCUACCUCUAGCGUAAUGUACAAAGUGUUCAGUGGUACUGCUGGUUUUAUGAAUAUUGUGAGCACCUUCAUCUCAAACUAUAUUGAUGCUAAACUAUUUGGUGCAUUUGAACCCACCUGGAUGCUAGUAGCCUCCUGGAGAGAUGUUCCUCCAUAUCCUUACACUGCAACAGACAGAGGAAGAAAUUCAUUUGAAGCCAUUAUCAUAACUGAUGGUGUAGUAACCUUUGCUGUCUACACGUAUAACUGUGAUGAUCUGCAAUGGAGUCAGUCGCAGGAUGGUGACUAUUCUACCAUCGGCUACAACAUCAAUCCAGCCUCAUUUUUUGGUAGUGAUAGUGACGAAUUGUCUUUGUUCCAAAAUCAUCGUCUGUCAAAUCUUCCUAUGAACGAGAUGAUUGCAUGUUCCAGCCUUGCUGGAGGAUCACGUUAUCAUAACGAAGUGUAUUUUGUUGGCCGGUCUAAAGAUACCACGCAAUUGGCACGUGCAGAAUGUACCAGCUCUAUCAAUAACGAUACCUUGUAUGGUGACAUCAUUGAUGGAACCACACUAAAGGAUGGAUGCCCUUGCAACUCGGCUCAAGCAUCAAGAGACUUUGCUUAUAGUUUCAUUGAUAUGUUUGAGUUGACAUUAGACCCUUUGUAUGCUGAGCAGUUCUGUGUGACUCAGAGAUUUCCCCAGAAGAACACCAUUCUCUGUUGCUAUAGACAAAGCAGUGGAGCUCUCAACAAUGUUGGUGGUAUCAGUGGAGUGGUGGCGUACAGUCCUAGCUUCUUCCCAAAAGAGUUCCUUGAUAAUGAUUACAACUUGCGACGCAAAUGCAGCAUAGGAGGUGAAGCUGACACACUGUACAGGACUCGACGACCUCCAGUUACCUGUGCCAUUUAUUCGCCGCCAAGAAGAACCUUCUGUACGGGUGAUCCUCAUCUCACCAACCUUGAUGGAGCUAAGUUUACAUUCAACGGUUGGGGAGAGUACAUUCUACUGGAGUUGGAGACUAAUGAUACCACGUUCUGGGUACAAGCUCGUAUGCAACCACUUGUUGAUUCUCUGGCUACUGAAUUAGGUGGUUUCGCUUUCGCUAUGAGCAGGGACACUCCUGUUGAAAUUCGCCUGAAUGCAACUAGACAGCUUGAGAUUCUAAUCAAUGGAGAAGAUGUGACUAACCAACUGGUCAACCUCCAUGCUUCUAUAUCCACUGACCUCUACUCUGUGUCUCGAAGCACUUCCAAUUCCAUUCUGGCUACAUUUCCGAAUGGAAUGGGAUUAAUGGUAAAUCUCUCGAGCAUGCUCACCUUCACAGUCAUCAUCCCUGAUGCCUUCCGUGGACUAACUAGAGGAAUGGUUGGGAACUACAACGGUGAUGUCACUGAUGAUGUUAUAUUCCGAAACGGAACUAUGGUGCCUAUUAGUGAAUUCUCCUACCGGAUACUACAUCAAGUGGGACUGUCAUGGCAAGUGGAGGCUUCAGAGUCUCUCUUCACUUACCCUGAGGGCAUGACUACUGAAGACUUUGCUGUCCUUGACCACGAUCCACCGUACCUGGAUGAAGUGGUAGCCAAUGCAUCAGCAGAAGUGCUUCAAAUGUGUGGAGACAAUGACGAGUGUAUUUUUGACUCCAUAGAAACAGGGGACAUCAAUAUAGGCCUUGAAACUAAGUUGAUGAUUUCUAAAAUCAAUGAAGAUGAGAAGUUUGCAUCCAACUUCCCUCCCCUCAUCUAUGGUCCUGACAGUCUCUAUGUUACGCUGGGGGAAGAGGCUGUACUGGUGUUCAAUGUGACUGAUGACAAAGGUAAUAUCAAUGUUACACUGGUGGAUGGACUGCCAGCUGGGGCCACUUUACUGCCUACCCCUAAGGGCAACUGUACAGUGGAGUAUACCUUCAGGUUGGAACUUGAUGCGAUUACCGAUAUUUCUCUCAUGUUUUUGGCUACUGAUGAGCUGGAUGCUGGAUCAACUCUAGAAGUGCAGAUUGUGAUUUGUGCUUGUGAGAAUAAUGGCAACUGCACACUGGAGGGAGUGGUGAACCAGAGUGCCAGUACUGUUGUCUCUAACUGUGUAUGCCCUCAAGGUUGGGAGGGUGAACUCUGUGAGGCUGACGUUGACGGCUGUGCCAACUUUGACUGUUUCAUGGGUGUGGAUUGUGUGGACGUCCCUGCUCCAGGAGUGGGGGCAAUGUGUGGUUCGUGCCCUCAAGGGUAUAAUAUAGACGGAUCAAAGUGCGCUGAUAUCAACGAGUGUAACGGUACCCAUGGCUGUGCUCAACUGUGCGUCAACCAGCCGGGAAGCUUCGAGUGUGCCUGUUACCCUGGUUACGAGCUCGUCAGUCAAACACAAUGUAUAGACGUUGAUGAGUGCUCUCUGCUCAAUGGUGGUUGUCAUCACGACUGCAGCAAUACGAUUGGAGGGUUCCAUUGCAGCUGCUACGAAGGAUACACCAUCAGCACUGACAAAAGAACCUGCCAAGUUAACCCGUUAGCAAUGUGCGAUGCUAGUAACAGCUGUGCCCAAUCAUGUGUGAGAUUAUCCGGAGUAGUAACCUGUAGCUGUCUCCCUGGUUACGAACUGGCUUCCAAUAGGAUAGACUGCACAAACAUCAACCAAUGCCAGGAAAAUCCAUGUGAGCAGAUCUGCACUGACUUGGAGGGAGGUUAUGAAUGCUCGUGUCGUGAGGGAUACCAGCUGUUGCCUGGGGGGAGAUGUACCGAUAUCAACGAGUGUUUGGUGGCAGCUCUGGACAUAUUUGCUGCUGACCUUUGUGAACCCUCCAUGUUCUGUGUGAAUGUUGAGGGUAACUACAGUUGUGAGUGCCUGGCUGGUACACUACUAGUGGAGGGAGUGUGUGAAGCUGAGGGCGUGUUAGUUACAACACCACCACCAGUGGAUGUUCCCGCUGCUACUUAUAUCACCCCCAUUCUGACAACCAACCAGAUCAUUGGUAUAACGGUGGGAGGUGGUCUUGGACUGGUCCUAAUACUGGUCCUUCUUCUCAUUACUAUCACAUGUUGCUGUGCCAAUCAUCGAUCAGGACAACCUAAGAAUGGAGGAGGUGGUCUAGACUUUAUCGACACUGGCGCUGGAUUUGAGCUGAAGCCAGUACCCAAAAACAAUGUCCUUGACGAACAAGCUGAGAUGGAGAAAAAAGUCGAUCUCAGCUAAUAACUUAAUGAACAGUCCAACAAUAAGAGCCAUGAAUGCAUGCAGUUUUUGAGUUUGUUUUGACUUUUGAUUUGUACAUGCAUGUGUUUAAAAUUUGUCACAACUAAAGGUUAGAGAUCAGUAAGUUCUUCAGCUUCA